GGAAAGGGAUGUGAAACUCAGGCCACAGCGGGCGCCAUCCCUCCUGGGUGUCCCACCGGGGUCCCAGAAGGCGGAGGACCUGGGUGGAGGACAGGAGCCCAGUCGGAGUUGAUGACCAGAGGCAGGGUUCCUAGUCCCUCAAAACACAAGAAGCUAGGAGAAGGCUGAGGGUGUCCGAGCCCUGCAAAGGGGCCACAUGAGUGGGUGCUGAACAGGACCAAGCAAGCGGGAGGCAGGGUGCCAUCAUGGAGGCCCCCAAGGGCUGGCUGGUGGUCUGUGUGCUGGCCGUAUCCCUGGCCUCUACAGUGACCCAGGACACGUGCAGAGCACCAGAUGGGACAGAUGGAACCCCAGGAAACCCUGGCCGAUCUGGACGGCCAGGCCUCAAAGGGGAGCGAGGGGAACCAGGCGCUGCUGGCAUCCGGACAGGCAUCCAAGGCCUCAAAGGAGAUCAGGGGGACCCCGGGCCCCCCGGAAAAUCUGGCAAGAUGGGCUUCCCGGGGCCCAGCGGUCCCACAGGGAUAUCUGGGCCCCCAGGAUUGAAGGGCCUCAAGGGUAACCCAGGGAACAUCAAGGACCAGCCACGGCCAGCCUUCUCAGCAGUGAGGAGGAACCCCCCAAUGGGCGGCAACGUGGUCAUUUUUGACACGGUCCUCACCAACCAGGAAGGCCCGUACCAGAACCACUCGGGCCUCUUUGUCUGCGCUGUGCCCGGCUACUACUACUUCACCUUCCAGGUGGUGUCCAAGCGGGACAUCUGCCUGUCCAUCGUGUCCUCUGGGAGGAACCACCCCCGGCGCUCCCUGGGCUUCUGCGACACCAACAGCAGAGGGCUCUUCCAGGUGGUGUCUGGGGGCACAGUGCUCCAGCUCCAGCAUGGCGACCAAGUCUGGAUCGAGAAGGACCCUGUCAAGGGCCACAUCUACCAGGGCACUGACGCAGACAGCAUCUUCAGUGGCUUCCUUAUCUUCCCAUCCACCUGAGUCAGGAAGGACCCCCCAACACACACCCCAGCCUCAUCCGCUUUAUGCUGUGUGACUCUGGGGCACUCACUCCAUCUCUCUGAGUUCCUGUGCUCUGCUGUGUAAAACGGGGGUGCUGUUGCUUUUGCUGCCUGAAGGGUGGGGGACGGGUUGGAGGCCCGUAGGACUUGCUACCCCACUGUGCAUGCUAAGGAGGAGGUCAUUUCUUAGCCCUCUUCCUGGAAUAAACACCUGAGUCUGUGUCUGCUGAGCCCAAGGUUUAAUUCCUACUCUGGGCACUGGUCAGGAGGCAUAAACACCA